GCUGAGCCCGUUCGCCGAACUGCUGCUUUUAGCUCGGCCUUUGAGCUCGGGCUUUUCGCCGAACUACUGGCGAUGCAGGAACAUGAAGUCGCUUCAAGCUGAGGCAGUCGAAGAGCUCAAGCGCCUGGUGGGUCGUUUGGUGUAUAGCGGAGGUGCCCCUGCCAUUGCCUAUGAGGGCAGCAAGUACACUCUCCUCUACCGGGACUUUUUGAAGCGGAAGGACUUCUGCAUCGCCGCACGCUGGACGAUGGAACUGUUGGUUGUCCAGCUGAGCUCUCAGCGACUGCUCAGAGAUGGCAACAGGACUCUUCCAUGGGCCUAUUUCAUGGGAUUCUAUGGGACGGCUGCUGAGCCUUUGUCUCUGUUCUUCCGUCCGCUAGGACUCCAACUCUUUCAAACGCUCCUGUGGGGCUCUGGCCCCUCCUGGACGCAGGUGGCACGUGCAGGCUCUGGACCGGUCCUGGACCGGCGGGCUCGGACCCGCUCGGUUGGGCGGUCCGAGCGGGAGCGGUUUGAGGUCCGCCCUGUCGAAGGACUUCCAGGAGCUGCUGACCCGCGCCGGUUCGGGUGA